UAAAGGGUCAUGACGUAYAGCUAGCAAGAGGAGGCUAACUUCAUUCUUCAAAAUGACACCGACGGCGAAAAGGUCACCCUCUCRGGAAAAUGGUCGGCUAAAUAAUGGCUUUAAARAACAUCAUGCCGAGUGUCAAAGUGGUUCCGAGACCGAGGACGAACCUUUGCUCCGGGAGAACCCCAGGAGGUUUGUCAUCUUUCCCAUCCAGUAUCCGGACAUCUGGAAGAUGUACAAGCAGGCACAGGCCUCUUUCUGGACAGUAGAGGAGGUUGAUCUUUCCAAAGAUUUGGUGCACUGGGAUUGCUUGAAACCUGGUGAAAAGCACUUUAUUUCCCACGUCUUAGCCUUCUUUGCUGCCAGUGAUGGUAUUGUCAAUGAAAACCUGGUGCAAAGGUUCAGCCAGGAAGUUCAGCUCCCUGAGGCGCGUUCAUUUUACAGCUUCCAGAUCCUCAUAGAGACUGUUCACUCAGAGAUGUACAGUAUGCUCAUCAACACUUAUGUCCGAGACCUGAAGGAGAGGGACUAUUUGUUUAACGCCAUUCAGACUAUGCCCUGUGUCCAACACAAAGCAAACUGGGCCCUCCAGUGGAUAAAUGACAACAAAUCCACCUUUGGGGAGCGACUUGUGGCUUUUGCAGCCGUGGAGGGCAUCUUCUUCUCAGGCUCCUUUGCUGCCAUCUAUUGGCUAAAGAAGAGAGGCCUCAUGCCUGGCCUGACCUACUCCAAUGAACUGAUCAGCAGGGAUGAGGGUUUGCACUGUAACUUUGCCUGCCUGCUGUACAGCUACCUGGUGAAAAAGCCAUCWGAGGAAAGAGUCAAAGAUAUUAUCAGCAAAGCUGUUCACAUUGAACAGGAGUUUUUGACGGAGGCUCUUCCGGUUGAUCUAAUUGGAAUCAACAGUUCCCUCAUGAAGCAGUACAUAGAAUUUGUAGCUGACCGUCUCCUCACUGAUCUUGGACUUGUCAAGGUUUACAAUGUGGAAAAUCCCUUUGACUUCAUGGAAUCCAUUUCUCUGGAGGGAAAAACAAACUUCUUUGAGAAAAGAGUAGCCGAGUAUCAGAGAUUUGGAGUGAUGUCAAACAUGAUGGACUGUGAAUUCACUCUGGACGCAGACUUCUGAAACUGAGAUGAUGCUGUUUUAUACGAGGUUGUGGUAUAAAGUAGUAAUAUUCUAAUAAAUUUUAAGGUUUUACAUAUCAUGACAAUAAAAAAAAGAUUAGGUUUUAAAUGAGAUGAAUGCAAUCUCAGACGUGGAACACAAGACAAAUUGCACCUUGUUGUUGGUUAUUUUAUAAAAGUCAAAAGUAGAAGUUAUCUGGUAAACUAGUCACAAAAUUAUUUUGACACUUUUCCUUUUAUUUUCAUCUAGAAAAAUGCAGAUGUGAAACGUGAGCAAUGAUUUACGCAUAAACAUAAAACAUAAAUGAAAAGACAAGGUUUUCAAUCGACAGCAAUUAUUUUAGUUCAUGUAAAACUUUAAAAUUUUUAAGUGUUUUUCUCCAUGACUGUUUGUUACAUUUCGUCUAUUUAUUUGUUUUUGCAAAGGCCGAUACAGACACUGUCUUGUCUUGCAAUGCUAUAUUUGUAUCUUAAAAUAAAAUCAAGCAGUAUGCAUAUUUUGUUGCAUAUUAUUUGUUGUGAGUGAGGUAAACUCAAUUUAUUAAGUUUAUAAAUGCAGUCAGUGAAACAAA